CGUUCUCCCGGACAUUUCCCAAUCAACGAAAUGCUACCAGGAUACGCUAUCGUAGUCAUUUUGGUAUGGCUCACAUAUUUGGAGGAAGCAGCAUGCAAUGGCCUGGUAAAAAUGCGGUUCGAAAUUCACGAUGGGCCAGAUACGGACACUUUUACCAAACCUGAUAUGGAUGUCGAAAUUAUACUCGGCGUUUGUAAAAUGAAGACAUCAUACGUCGACGGCUCAUACAGCCCAUCAUUGCCGGAAAUAUUUUUCUACAAGUAUCACAAACAGGCUGAGCCCGUGGAAUUUAACAUUUACGAGAAUGAAGCCAUCAGUGCAUCCUGGAAACUCGGAGAAGUGCCAAGUUUCACAUUGCACUUUACCACGGACACACACAUUAUCAAGGAUGUCUACAAACCUGGGGGAAAAGAGAAGCUGAAAAACAAACAGGGCACGCAGACAACACUUCACAUUUUCCUCUACGAUGACCAGCACAAGACACCCCAGGAUGACCCGAAGCUUAAGGCGUACAAGUCAGAAGAGUCAAAAACCUUUACCGCCGAAUAUUGGAUGGAGAGAACGUGAAAUUUUGUAUAAAAGAGAGACAAUCUUUACGUUAAUGUUUAGGUGAAUAGUUUGAAUUCUGCAAAAUAAAUUUUUU